CGUGACAUCACCUGACAUACCAGACGAGGCUGGGGAAGCUCUCCUAAAAAAGCAGCCUGGGUCGCGUAAAGUGGUUAAGCCAGCGCGACGCGCAUAACGCGUCGCCAAAAAGUAACGUGCAGUAAAGUAAAUUGACAGGCAUCACGAAAACCCUCAACCACCUCACCAACAGACAGGGGAACAACCGAAUCUCCAAACCACCAAAUCCAACACACCUACCACGACCAUAACCGAGUCAUUAUCCCAACUCUCACACACACACACACCAUACUCCCCAUGGCCUCCUAACCCUCUAUGAAUCACGGCACUGGCACCCACUCACAACGGCCCAGCAGCUAUCAGCCAUGGUGCUGCAAGCCGGCGCCAAACGGAGUCUAAGUCUCGAGAACCUUCCUCCCCGGCCCCCGACACCACCGCGGGACUCCGAACCCGUACCUGCCGCUGAGCCGCGGCCUCGCCUGCUUCGACGAAUACUGUCGAUGGGAUUAGGGACCAAGACGCCGCCCAACGCAUCGCCGAAGUCGUCAGCUGAGUCCACCACCACCCCCAGCAUAUCUACGCCGUCGAAUCGCUCGCUGAAGAAGGUGGGGUGGUCGAUUGUGGAUGAGGAGGAGGGGGUGUUGAAUCUGAGUAGCUCGAGGCUUUCGAAUCAGAUACUACGUUCGCUGCCGCCGUCGAGCGAUCAGAAACCGCCGAAGUCGAUAUUGAAACCGUAUAAUGGGGCUACCAUCCCGCUGAACCGGACUUCAUUGAGCUUUGAUAAUAAAUCUAUAGAGCCGAUCACAGACGUGGGCUUUGCGAUAAUGCUGGAGUCGGUGGCGAAGCAGUUGGCGGGUGGGGAUAGGAUGAGCAGGGUCGAUGCGUAUAUGUCGCUCUCGGGGGUGUUGAAGGCGACGGGGAAUCUGCCGGAUCCGAGGGCGUUGAGGGAUAAGAUGGGGUUGUUGGCGCAGUUUGUGCAGAGGGAUAUGACGGCGCAACUUCCGUCUGGGGCGGCUGAUACGGUGCUGAUCAAUAAUGCGCUGAUAUUGCUUGCGAGCCUGUUUUGGAAGACGGAGCCGAUGCCUACUGACUUUUCUGUUUUCGUACUGGAGCAUGCCAUUGCGACUUUCGAGGAUCCGCAGGUUUCGAAGGAUGUUGCGAAGCACCUCAUGUUUGUGGUUGGACAACAGAAUUUCCCGCCGAAGAUCAUGACGCCCGACCGAGCGGCGCGGGUGCUCAAGGCUACACACGAAAUCGCCGAGCAUGUUAGGGGGAAGAGCAUUGUGCUUGGACGGCUGGGGAUAUACAGGAAGCUUUUGAAGCAGGCGAAGCCAGCUUUGGUUGCGAAUAAUGACUGGCUUAAGGAUAUGUUUGAGGAUAUGCUUGUUAGCGUCAAAGAAGUUCGCAACCCGGUCAUUGCAUUCGGAUUCGAAGCAGCGCUGCAGUUUGGGACGCAAUUAAAGGUAUCCCGGGCUGUGGUGGAGUUGUUCCAAGCACCUCACGAGAAAGGGGGGAAGUACGGAAACUACUAUGCCAGCCGUCUUAAUACCGCCAUCCAAACCAAGCAAGAUGUGCCAUCCGUACCGCAGAUAUGGAGCGUGGUCACCCUAUCCCUCCGUUCACGCCCAUCACAACUAGAGCACUGGGAAUUCAUGACCCCGUGGUUCCAAACCCUCCAAAAGUGCUUCAACAGCGGCGACCCUGAAGUCAAGCGCGAAGCCAACUUCGCCUGGAACAGACUCGUCUUUGCCAUCCGACCUGACGAGAAGACAAAUCCCCGCUUCAUCAAGAUGCUGCAUCAGCCGUUUAUUGGGCAGCUCAACCGCAAGAAUAGUAGUAAGCAGGGGAAGGAGAUGUUUCAGGUUACUAUUAGCAGUAUUUGCAAUCUGCUGUAUUAUACUCUGAAUCCUGCUGCGUCACAUGCGCAGCUGAGUUUAUACUGGGAUUCUUACGUCGUUCCGCUAGUUGGGAAGUUGGCAACUACCACCACAGAGCAAGGCGCGGAUAAAGGAACACCAGGGUUGGAUGGCGUGGAGCAGGCAAUUGAGAUCCUACACUCGCUACUCGAGCCUUCAACGCAAUCAUCUGCCACGCCAUGGAAACAAGACCGCGCCAUGGCCGCUGAACUAGUCAAGCCCAGCGAGCUCCCAUCCCUCGACUCGAAGUGGGUGCGCAAGAACUGCGUGCCUGUCCUAGACGUCAUGGAGCAGCUUCUCGAGCAACGAUUCGCCGAUCUCGGGAAGGCACAGAGCCCUGCUACGGAGUUGUGGAGGAGCUUCUUGAUGACUGUUGCUGCUGCGGGGGCUAAGGAGAUUAAAGUCUCUAAUGAAACCAUGGAAUGCGUAGCACGGAUCUUCACUAUGCUACGCAGAUUCUGGCAGAAGGGUCCUCAGCCAGCUACGCAGCGCGAAACUAUGGAUUCAGCAGCCUACCUCGACGGCAUGGUGUACCUCAUAACCGAGAGCGUGAGUAUCCUCGGCAUGCUACCCUUCACCGAGAAAAAGCUCUCCAUUACCGAACAAAACGCCUUCCUAGCCGUCGCCACGCCAUCCUCUCACCGCCUCCCGAAAACAAUUAAAUCACCACUCCAAUACCUCAUCCUCCUCCUUGUCGAAGCAGCAUCGGACCUCCAGUGCAGCACUACCUACAAGGCCGCCGUUCGCGCUAUCCUCAACCCUUUUUACGAGGCCCGGACUUCGCGCACGUCACGCUUCGAGUUCUGCCAGGAUCUAGUGCAGUGCCUCCCCGAAGCAGUGCGCGGGUCUGACGUCUCUCCUUCUGAGACGGUAUGGUCCGUUCUUGCUGAUAUGCUCGCUGGAGCCAUCACCGAGGGCGCCGAUGAUGGACACAGCCAUACACCCAGCUCUAGCGCUAAUAAACCGCAAGAAGGCGAUGUCCUUCGCGGCAUUGUUCGGGUCCUCGAGUACGGCCUUACUACUGUCGUGUUAGAGGGGAUUCCGCACCUGGAAACCCUAUUCCGCGCUGCCUCGAGCUAUAUCAGGGCUGAAGUCGGCGAUGGCGGGCAUGCGCUGUGUCUUGUUGAUCCGCUGGCGAGGUGUCUGGGCGAUCAAUUGGGUCGCACAGAUGUGCGCGCCCUUGCGGGCAUGUGUGCGGUGCUCGUGGGCGAUGCGUGUUACCCCGUUGACGCGCAGUCGCUUGAGGCUGCGCGGAGGAGGUUAUGGGGCGCGUCGACGAACAGUCCUAAGCCUGCUACUACGGAUCCUUAUAAGUAUCUUUAUGGUACUGUUAAUGUGUAUCUGGAGAAGUGCUAUGAGGAGUGUAGCAAAGACGCGAUUGGUGCGGAUGCGCUGCUAACUAGUGUUACUGUUUUGAUUGAACGGUGUCCUGGGACGAAUUCACUGGAUUUGUUCGCUGCGAUCGGGAGUGGUGGUGGGUGUUGGAUACAGGAUGUGAAUGGGGCUGUGAAAUCGAGGAGUUCGACUGGGAAGGCUGUUACAGCUCUCUGGGAAGCAAUCCGCUCCCAGGCAUCGACUACGAUCUCAGGGGCGGACUCAGGAGUAGACAGCACUAUUCCCCUCUCCAAGCUGGAAGCCCUCCUAUCCGCAGGCCUGAACAGCAAACGCAAACCCAUCGCCAAUUCCGCUAUCACCCUCUGGAAUGCAACCUUUGGCACUCAAUCUACACUCACCUACCCUCCCGACGUCGCGAAAGCACUAGCCCGUUUACGCCCGGUUGCUGACCUCAAACUCCCAACCUUCCCAGCAGCAUACGACGAGGCUGCCACACCCAGUGGUCCCCAAUUCAUCGACUCCGAUUCAGACAGCCAAGCUCUCUCAUUCCGCUGUUCCAGCCGCCCGGCCAGCCGCGGUGUAACACCCUACCUUGAAUCCUCGCCCCUUGCUUCACACCGAAAGGCGAAAUCCCCUCACCCCAGCAUCGAACUAUCUAAAUCUGCAUCCAAGAAGCGCUUCUCCACCCGCGCGUCGAAACUCGGUGAGAAGAAGAAGAGAGAUACCACCCCGCGACUCCGACACGACGAUUCGCAGAUCCAAUUCGCAGCCAUCGAAUCUUCACCUACAGCUGAAGACUCGCAGCUCUUAACCGAUCACCAGCGCGAAGUCAAGGAGAGACAGCAGAAUGAAGCCGCAGCUAUGUUCCCUGACCUCCGAAAGAGCCCUAGGAUGAAGACGAGGCGCUCUGGGGAGAGAUUGGCGCUUAGCUCUGAUCUACCAGUGACUGAGGGCACGACGUGGGGGACGCCGAGUGUUAGUCGUGUAGGAGAGAGAGAGGAUGAUUUCAUUACCUCAUCCCCUACGCCGAGACGGGAGACGAGCACCGAGGGGUUGCUAGGGAAGGAGGAGGAGGGGGAUGUGCCGAGUUCGCCGCCGAAGGGGGAGGCAGAGGGUGGGCCGUCGGCGAGUGAUGAGUUCUGGAAUGUUACGUCAUUUGGAUCGAUUGAUUCGUUGUUGCUUGAGCAGCAUGCGCUUGGGCUGCCGGAGGUGGUGGGUGGAGAGGAGGAUGGGAGGAGUGAUAGCGAGUCUGUUUUGAUGCAAGCGCUUCCUCUACCCCAUAACGUGGAGCCAGCGGAGCAAGGCGAGCAAAUUACGCAUGAAUCGACAUUCUCGGAUGCGCUGUCAAAUCUUGACGCCAUCCGCGAGCGCGACGAUUUGACGACCGACGAGGUCUUUGUUGACGCGCAGUCCUCACCUCUACUCGAGGCACAAGCCGAUCUACCUAGCACACAGUCAAGUGGACGACGCAAGAGACGCCGUCGUAACCGGACAGGCUCAAACGGGGAUGUGAGCCGUGGGACGAGUGCGUCUGUUUCUGUCGCAGAUGAGAGCGUUGCACCGGCUGUCGAGCAGGACGAGACCCGCGCAGAGGCGGAUGCACCACCAACCACACGCAGUCGAUUCAGCCUCACUCCCUCCACCGGCUUUGAUCACACCGCCUACACCGCCUCCCCCCAACCCUCUCCCGCUCCCGAGCCCGAGACUCGGAAAACCCGAAAACGUCGCCGCGCUGCUGCGGCUGCGGAGAAGGAAUCUACCCCCGUCGUCCAGGCGCCGCGGUCUAUGCGAUCGAUGCGUAGCUCUGAUAAGCUGACUCGCGCUGCUGCUGUGUCUGAGGAACCAGCUGUGCCGGAGCAGCAGGAGGAGGAAGUGGAGGAGGAGGGGAGUAUACCCGCGCGCACGAGAUCGCGUGUUAGGAAACGCGAGAUCUCGAGUACAAUCCCUGAGACGCCUACGAAAGCUACUGAGACGAGGAGGAGGAAGUCACCGCAUGGUGAGGAAGAAGAUGAGGAUGUGGUGAUGAGGUCGCAGAGCGCGAAGAGGCAACGCGUUGAAGAAGUAGGGGAGCAGGUGGAGGAUAGUCAACUUGCCGCUGAACCUGAGAGAGAUGACGCUGAGUUGAUAACUGUUGAUACCACGCCCCGCAGCCGCCGCUCUCGUCGCGAGAGGACAUCCACGGCGAAGUGGGAGGAGAGCGAUCUUGGACAGCGGAGGAGGAGGAGCCGCGCUGUGGUUGAGGAUGAAGAAGAGACGGAUAGUCAGGUGAUGAGGGGGAAGUCGGUGGAUCUAGACUUGAAUUUGAAUUUGGAUCUUGACACCGCGUCUGGGGAGAUGGUGGAGGACUCGUUUGUGGGCACCGAUGUGAAGGGAGAAGAGGCGGAGGAUGUCAGUAUGCACGGUGCUGGGGAGGGAGGCGUGACCGAGGCGCAACGGGAGGGCGUGGCGUCCGACGACGAGGCCGAGGCGCAGAUCUGGGAUGGGAUGGCAGAGGUGCGCGAGUCGUCUGUUUCUGUUGCUGCUGCGGAGCCUGAAGUCGUUAUUAUAGAGCCUGAAGUCGCUGAGGAUGAGGCCGAUGACGAUGCGGCGAAGAAGGGCUUCACGGGCGCGACGGCGGUGGCGAUGUUCAAGGAGCUGAUGGAGGGGUUGAGGACGGGGACGGUGUCGAGGGGGGAGGCGAUGCAGAUGGAGGAGAUGGUGUGGGAUUUUAAGGCGGAGCUUUAUGCGGCUGAGAGGAGGGGAAGGGGGAGUGCUGCGUAAGCUGUGGAUGGGGGAUGGGGGUGGUGGUUCAUGCAUUCAGCGAAGGGAUUGGGAGGGAUUAGGAUAUAAAAAUAACUCGGUCGUUGGGUCGAGCGUCUUGACUGAGGGGAGAGGACAUACCCAUGCGUAUAGUACAUAAAGCAUAGCGAGCAUAGCGCGGAUGAAAGGGGGGUGGGUUUGUUUUCGGUGGGGGGGGGUAGGAUAACUGUACUGGCGUCUUUUUUUGUAUGGAGUACGGCUGUUGUAUCAUAAAGGGGAUUUUGUGGAAUUGGAG